GGAAUGCGCCGGAGGUUCUCCAACUCAGUGCCCGUGCGUGCAGUUUAGAACAUGGAUACCUGGCUGUGUGCGAGCGUGCUCCUGGGACUGCAGCUCUCGUGCUGCCUCGGCUACGAAGGCUCCGGCUUCUAUGGUGAUGACGAGGACUCGUACGCACGGAGACACGCAGGUGUGCCGUGGUGUGCCCCGGUGAAGGUGAAACAUGGACAGGUGAGUUGCCAGGCUCCGCGUGGGGGGCGCCAGAAGAACGUGCUGGGCACGCGCUGCAAGAUCCGCUGUAACCGUGGUUAUGAGAUGCACGGACACCACGAGCUCCUCUGCCUCGCCAACAAGCAGUGGUCCGGGAACUACGCCUGCAGGGAGGUGCGUUGUCCCAAGCUGCAGCUUCCUCCUAACGGCGGCUAUAAGUGCACUGACGGCUCCUACUUCAACUCCCGCUGCCAGUUCUUCUGCCUACCAGGCUACUCCCUCAGGGGGGACAAGACGGCCACCUGCCUCUACAACCACGUCUGGAGCGGGGGACAAGCCAUGUGUGUGGAUGAGGAGUCUCCGGUUAUUAAGUGUCCCAAUGUGAAGGAGCGUACUGCGGAGCCCGGCAAGCUGACCAUUCGCGUCACCUGGGACACACCAGAGGGCAAAGACACGGCCGACGGGAUCCUCACAGAUGUGGAGCUGACAGGUAAAGCCCCAGGUUCAUAUUUCCCUGAAGGGAACCACAAGCUGUCCUACACCGUCUACGACCGCGCAGGAAACAAGGGCAGCUGCCGAUUUAAUAUCCGAGUCAAAGUUAAGCGCUGCACGCCCCUGCCGGUGCCUGAGAAUGGGUGGAUGCGCUGUGACAGCGCGGGGGAUAACUAUGGAGCUACGUGUGAAUUCCGCUGCCUGGGAGGAUACGAGCUAACGGGCAGCGCUGCACGAGUCUGCCAGUCCACGCAAGACUGGUCGGGACAGGAGACUGUCUGCUCACCCAUGAAGGUCAACGUGCUGGUGCGUUCUGCUGCCGCGCUACUGGACCAGUUCUACGAGAAGAGACGACUCCUCAUCAUCAACGCUCCCACAGCUGCCAAUCACUACUAUAGACACCAGAUGACUAAUUUACAGCAUGCCCAGUGUGGUCUGGACCUUAGGCACGUGACUGUGGUGGAACUGGUGGGGAUGUGGCCAUCCAUGGUGGGACGCAUUAGACACCAACUCAUACCCCCGCCCCUUGCACUGCAACUCAGGCUCCUGAUGAGUUUGUCCAAUAAUAAGUUCGGCCUCGUCUUGCUGGAUAAGCAGGGCACCGACCGCCACCGCUACACCUACCCCAUCACCUCCCAGGAGAUAUUCACCACCAUCGACACCUUCCCCCAGCGCACAGAGGAGAGCCUCUUACAGAGGGAGGCCGGACACACCUGUUAGACACACGAACACACAUGCACACACACACACCUGCUAAACACACACACACACAAACACACAUACACACACCUGCUAAACAGAUUAUUUUUAUUCAUCCCAAGGGAAAUUUGUGCCCACACACACACACCCUACCUGCUUAACACACACACACACACACACACACACACACACACACACACACACACACACACACACACACACACACACACACACACACACACACACACACAACCGUAUUCACCUAAAGAACACUGAUUUGGGAACAGUAGCCAAUGGUGAAUGCAUGAGACACUAGUCUGCUGUGUCUAGUAUCCACGUAAUGUUUGUUUGUAAUGUACGUACAGUGUAUUUGUUUAUCUGUUAGUCUGUUGGUUUGUUUGUUUCUUUGUGUAUCACAUUGUUUGUGUUUAUAUCUGUGAGUAUAUUUAUGUGUAGUUACUCUGUAUGUGCAGCCUGUAUGCAGGGUGACUGCUGGAGAUGUACUACCACGACAACAAUAAAGGAAAUGAUCUUCUA